CUCAACCACCAGCUCCAACCUCCCUCCCUCCUCCUAUCCAUUCCAUCCACACCUCACCCUCAGCUCACCUGCUCCAUCCCUCCUCCUCGAUCGGGAGAGAGAGAACUCAUCUAAACAAUGAAGAGCAGGAGGCAGAGCGGCCGCGGAGGAGCCAUGCUGCCGGACGGCGGCUGCAGCGGCAAGAUGGAGCGCAAGGACGUGGAGAAGAACCGCAGGCUGCACAUGAAGGGCCUCUGCCUCAAGCUCUCCUCCCUCCUCCCCGCCUCAUCCGCACACCACCUCCGCCACUAUUCUUCUACAUCUUCCUCGCCGCCGUCCAGCAACAAGGACGCGGCGACGCAGCUGGACCAGCUCGACAGCGCGGCGGCGUACAUCAAGCAGCUCCGGGGCCGGAUCGACGACCUCAAGCGCCGAAAGCAGGCCGCCCUCUCCGGCGGCACCGCUGGCUGCUCAUCCUCCGUCUCCGCGGGUGACUACAAGGGAGCUCCUUCAACUUCAACGGCGCUGCCGGUGAUCGAGGUGCGUCACCAGGACGGCACCCUGGACGUGGCUCUGGCGAGCGAGGCCGGGCGGCCGUUCCGGCUGCACGAGGUGAUCGCCGUGCUGGAGCAGGAGGGCGCCGACGUGGUCAGCGCCAGCUUCUCUGUAGUCGGCGACAAGAUCUUCUACACUGUCCAUUCCCAGGCGCUCUGCCCCCGCAUCGGCCUCGACGCCGGCAGGGUCGCCCACCGGCUCCGUGGCCUCGCCGCAGCCGCCACCGUCUCGUCCUCCGUCCUCAUGACAUGAUUUCUUUCUUUCUCUCUUUCUUUGUUGUUUUUUCAUCAAUCGCGGUAGCUUAGCUUAGCUUAGUACUGCUCUGCUCUGCUCGUGAGUGAGCUUCAGGUUUGUCUGAAAUCUACUAGUGUAGCCAUGUACUUGCAUGUCUCCUCCUUUCUGAAGAUGUGAGAUAUUUUAACUUUCAGAAUGCUGGGUUUCUUUCUACUAA